AACCCCGCCCCGUUUGACAACAGCCUCGUGUCCCUAGCAACAGCUCUGGCUUCCCUCCCUCUGCUGCUACUGAAGACCCGAUUGAAAACCCUGGGUCGAGGACAAACUUGCCCCUAUGGAGGGCAAGAGCUUCGAAUGCCUUGAUGCCAUAUAACCGACAUUGAGCCGGGCUACCGGAGCCGUAGGUACAAUGAACGACAAGUACCACCGGGCAGCCCGGGAUGGCUACCUGGACCUACUGAGAGAGGCCACUCGGAAGGAACUGAACGCGCCGGAUGAAGACGGUAUGACCCCGACGUUGUGGGCUUCGUACCACGGCAACCUGGACGCGCUCCGGCUAAUUGUGGGAAGAGGAGGAGACCCUGACAGUUGUGACAUCUGGGGGAACACGUCGCUUCACCUGGCCGCGGCCAACGGCCACCACAACUGCCUGUCCUUCCUGGUGUCGUUUGGGGCCAACGUGUGGUGUUUAGACAAUGACUACCAUACGCCCCUCGACAUGGCCGCCACCAAGAACCACAUGGAAUGUGUGCGCUACUUAGAUUCCAUCGCUGCCAAGCAGACAGCCAUCAACCCUAAGCUGGUGAGCAAGCUAAAAGACAGAGCGUUCCGCCUGGCCGAGAGGAGGAUCAAGGACUGUGUGAAGAUGCAGAAGAAACACCACCAGAGAAUGGAGAGGAAGUUCCUGAAGGAGAGCGUGGUGUCAGACAACUCCGACGCCAUGAGCUUCUCCAGUUAUAACAGCAGCACGCUGAGCCGCAAGCUGCCCCAGUUCAACACCGCCACGUCCAGUGUACCCUACAGCCAGGCCACAUUGCAUUCCACAGCAAAAGGCAGGACAAAGAUUCAGAAGAAGCUUGAGAAGAAGAAACAGGUGGACGGUACCUUUAAGAUCUACGAGGAUGGCAGAAAGAGUGUGCGCUCACUGUCUGGUCUUCAGCUGGGCCAGGAUGUCAUGUUCCUCAAGCAGGGCACGUACGCCAACUCCAAGGACCGCUCGCGCCUCAACAUCAGGGACAUGUUUCCUCACCGCAACCACGAUCGCCCCGAUUACAGCCACAGCGAUUACGACGACGAUCGCGCCGACACCAUUUCCAAUAUCUCGCGUGCCAUCAGUGACCCGGGCCUCCAUGAGGCCGCCUACUCAGAGGUCAGCGCCGAUUCGGGCCGUGACUCCCUCUUCACCCGCCCCGGUCUCGGCACCAUGGUGUUCAGGCGAAACUACAUCUCGGGGGGGCUCUUCGGCGUGGGAGCCCGUGAGGGAGGUUCUGUGGUGGGUUCUGAGCCGGUGGGUCGCGCCACUAACGUACGUCUCCGCGGCCACCUCCCCCGGCGCCAGGCCAGCCUGGACGACGCCAUCGAGGUGGACAGCAUCGGCAGCGCUCUGAGCCUCCAGGAGAGGAACCUGCAGGAGCUGCCCUGGGAGGAGGUCAAUGUGGGCCUGGAUGAGGAGCUGGAGCCUGAGAAUGGACCCCUGGAGACAUUCCUGGCUUCCUUGAGCCUGGGGGAGUUCAUGCCCAUCUUCAGGAGGGAGAAGAUCGACCUGGAGGCCCUGCUGCUCUGCUCAGACCAAGACCUGACCUCCAUCCACAUCCCGCUGGGACCCAGGAAGAAGCUGCUGGAGGCCUGCAAGACACGGCUGGACACCCUGGAGACUCCGGAGAGCAUAGAUGACACUGAGCUUUGAGAGUCCAAACAAUCAAACGCCAGGUGACAUUUGGAUCCUUCGCCGUCAUUCAAGACGAUAGGCGGUGGGCGGGCCUGUGAACAGAUGAGGUGUGACAUGAUUCCCAGUGGCUCAGUGUCAUGGUAUCGGGGGGCGGUGCUCCCUGUCUGUGGACACAGAGGACGGUCCAGGGGGUCCGGUAGAUUCCCCAGCGUCCUGGCACUGUGCAUGAGAGGAUAUUUUUUAUAAAAGACACAGAUGGUCUGCCGGGCCUCGGGACUCCCCGAAUACUUACACGGCCCGGCACACAAACUCCGGACUGGGAAUUAUCCCCAGAGGGGGGCAGUGUUUCCCAGGGGUUCAGCCUGUGGACCUCUGGAUGACUGUGGAUGACUUUGAUUUCUAUGUACUGAAUGGAUGCCAUUCGUGUCAUGUUUGGAUAUGCUCUUAAA